GCGAGCAAUGUGACCAGGCACCCCAAUUGAUGCCGCCGCCGCGCCUCACUCGACCUCUGCGGCCAUGGCAACCCCCGAGCACCUCUGCCCGCGCCCGUUGGCUGUCCCACCGCCCCCGCGACCAGAGCACGCCUCGACGCGGUGACGGCGCGCUGGGCGGAGGUGAGCCUGGGCAGCCCGCCACCGAAGCAAAACCGGAGGCCGAUGCAGAGGCUGCUUCUUCCUCACACGACGCGCCGGCUGCUGGCUGGCUGCGAGGGCUUGCCGCCCGUGUCUCUACACUAGUCGCGAAGCCGUCCCCAUCGUCACUUCCUCCUGCGCCCCCGAACCGGUCACCUCCUGCUCCUUUCGAGGACCAACCCCGCGCCCCUGCCUCAUCCGAGCAUGAUGCCCCGCCGGCGUCUGCCUCGUUGGAACUUCAGUCUGGGACGUCUUGUCUGGUCUGCCACAAGACCUUCGAAAACCCAAAGAAGCUACGCUACCACAUAUGGAACGAGAAUCACGUCGAAUCUUGGCCGCUUGCUUUUCAGACCCGCGAGGAAGCCGUAGACGGAGCAGCAAGGGCGACCCACUGGCUGCGGUUCCAGAAAGAGCUGGGUCCAAACGGCUGGGAGGUAGCGCGCGGUAUGACCCAGAUACGAAAGGAAGGAAAGACAUGUAUAGCUUGCCAGACGCCCCUACCUACAUUAGAAGCCCAUGUACAGCACUGGCUAUUCAAUGAGGCUUGCCGGAAGGACCAACGCGUUUCCCCUUCCCUGUUCGCAUGCUGGAGAUGCUUCAAGACCUUCAAAUCAUACGCCCAGGCCGGCGAGCACGUCCAAUCUUCCCCAGAUUGCCUGGGAUAUAUCAAAGCACGAUAUGCUCCCAAGUUACUACCGAAGGCCGAAUACAUCUAUCGUAGAUCCGUUGCUGAGUUACUUGCCGCUUCCAGCGCACUCGAGACCUUCUCUAGCCCCCGCGCCUCAUCAUUAGCACAUGGCGUUCAUCACAGUCUGCGCCCACUAUUUAGCCAGGCACACGAGGCACGAGACAACGACUUGCUCGCCUUGUUCCACAAGCAUCCUCAAGCCGUCAACGCUAUAAGAAAAUUAGCGUCGCCAGAAGCGCAACAGCAAACGAAGUCUAACACUUCUACAAGAUCUCUCACAGGGCCAAGACAGGCGACACAGCGCAAGCCCUACUCAACGGAACCACGGGUACUCCCAACCCUUGAACCUCGUGCUCACCAACGCCCUCUAGUCGCUAAGUCUUCAUCGAGUUCGCAAGCAUCAAUACCAGAGCCACAGUCUAACUCAGACGCAAGACAAAAGGCAGGAGACCCGAAAAGCGAUAAGGAUACUAAAUUGCAUGAUAAACCCCAAGGACAAGAUAUUGCCGCUCGCAAAGACGCAAUCCCGAGAAGCAAAGCCGCGAGAGGAUAUAAGAUAUCCCUUCGCAACCUUCGCGCUAAUUCCGAGCCUCAGGGUGGUGGCUCGACCCCAGUUACCUCCAAGUCUGAUAGCUCAUCGACGAAGGUAGUGAACGCUGCGCCUGAGUAUGGUCCACCUCUGUCAGGCAAAGACAAGCCUGCUAUAUCAUUCGCGAAUCCUGAUGCCAACAACGCGGAAUUGAGACUCCAGAUUGAUUAUUUGGCUGAACAGGUCAGAUUUCUCAACGAAAAGAUCGCCGGUCAAGCAACCUCGGACGCAAAGGUGCCAUCUGUCAAGCCGACUGUAGCUUCAGCUAUCGACCCACGUACGACUCAGGAUCUUGAUGGCACAUCACGAAGUUCUACGGACUUUACCGAACUGUCACUGCCGACAAUGGAACAGAGUACAAAUCAUGCACCAGUGAGACGAUAUGGACUCAAGUCCCAAGCUCAGCUUUCAAACGAAAAAAUAAGAAAGGUACUCAGCGAUAACGACUCUACCCAACUGACUGUGUCUGCGACCGCAUCACAUCCAUUGCCAGAUGUCGACAUUGCAACAAAAGCGAGCACUGACAGACGGAGAUUGGUUCGCGAGACCCCUACCCAAGCCCAGAUGCAAACGCAAGCACGAAUGUUGCGAUCUUUGGACUCUCCUAACCCUUCCAAAAUGAAUGCUCGUCCCACUCCUUCCGUGGACUCUCAAACUGCGCAGACCUCUCCAGCACCCCCUCCAACACAGACACCAUUGGCAACAGGGGAGAUGAGCGAACAGUCCCUUCUCGCCGAACUUUUCCCGGAAGCAAGCAACUACAUUCAGCCCCACUACGACAAACGUAAUCCAUACCCAAAGCUCGACCUACCCAGCUCAAAACCCAUCGUGUGGAAGUACGCGCCCACGGUCAAGCCGAAAAGCAGUCGCGAAAAGUACCUCAAGGCAUUUCAGAGAUCAACUGAGAAAUUGACAGCGUUGCAGCUGCUACACUGCAGCACCGAGCUUACAGAAGUCGACUUCCGACGCCUCGUGCCCCAAGGACAGCAUAUAGAGGGGUGGGCCCCCGACGGCGACAUCCACCAGAUCAUCCCAGGUCGAGACCCCCUCAGCUUGGAACGACUACCCUUCUACUACUUGAUCUUCAAGAACCCUGAGGCUGCCCUCAGAUAUCAAAGCAACGCUUCUCGCCUGGACAGGCUCAGCAAGCUCCACGGACCCACAAGUUCCCUCUCUGUAAUUCCCCCACCACCAGGCCUCCUUGAAAAUGGCGAGGACCUCAGCGCCGCCCUCUCCUCCUACCUCCUGACCCCCCAGGACCAGCCCCUCCGCCUUAACAUGGUCGUCCAACCUUAUAACCCCGCACUCGCCCGCCUCAUCGCAGACGGCGGCUAUGCGCCCAUCGUCCCAUCAACGACCUCCGCAGGCAAACCCAUCCACAAGGUCCUCUUCUACAUUGAGGGCUACGAGCCGAGCCCCUACGACCUCUACCAGAUCUUCAUGCAGGACGCGCUGUCCCGCGGCCUCACGUGGCCGUUCCUGCACGACCAUCAGUCCAUCCACCGGCUGCGUGACAUCGUCGACCUGAAAGCGCGGUUCACGGCGCUGUCAACCGCCAGCCCGCGCGCGUCAUCAUCGACGAAGCGCAAGCUUGCGGAGGUGAAGUCGCACGACCCGUACACGACCUUCCUCUCGCCAAACGAUAGCGGUGAGGGCGAUGACGCCGAAGGCCAGGACGCACAGGCUAUGAAUCAGGUCAUCAUGAACAGGGUGUACAAUCGGUGGGUUGUGGAGUUCAGCGAGGAGGCGGGCGCGCGGCGGUUCGCGAGGCUGUGGCAUAGAAAGGUGCUACCGAUGCAGGGGAGUGUGAGGAAUAGGACGUGGCGGGAUGUAGAGGAGGUGCGGUUGUGCAAUGCGGAGUAUUUGUGGUAGGGGUGCGUGUAUGAUAUGUGUAAGAUUGAUUGUGUAGACGCUUUUUAGACUGUAGAUGUAGAUGUGAAUUGUACAUAUUGUCAACCC